UGGUUUAGACUGUAUUAAAUUGAUAAAUGCAGAUUUCCAGUCUCCAUCCGGGUACUACGUCUUGUUCUAGCAAACAUCUUUGGCCGAGUCAAGGGGAACGAUGGCGGCGGUGGGAGCUGUGAGGUCUCUGAGGGUCCUCAGACUUUUGCCCCAGUAUGCAUCCCGCUGCUUUAAGCCAUGUCCCAGGCUCCAGGGGGGUCACGCUGUCCGUCACCGCCCCUCACCGUUUACCUCUCAGCAGUGGAGAGACUUCAGAUCCAGCUGUGUGGCUUCUGGACAAGUCCUUCAGUUCAAAUUGUCAGACAUUGGAGAGGGAAUCAUGGAGGUGACUGUAAAAGAGUGGUACGUGAAGGUGGGGGAUAAGGUGUCUCAGUUUGACAGCAUCUGUGAAGUACAAAGUGAUAAAGCGUCGGUCACAAUCACAAGCCGGUAUGACGGAGUCAUACGUAAGCUCCACCAUGAUGUGGACGCUAUAGCCCUCGUUGGAUCUCCGCUGGUGGACAUCGAGACAGACCGAGAGCAAGAUGGAGCUCCUGAGGAGGAUGUAGUGGAGACUCCGGCAGUGUCGCACGAGCACACGCACCAGGAGAUUAAAGGACACAAAACCCAGGCCACGCCUGCUGUACGGCGUCUCGCCAUGGAGAACAAUAUUAAGCUGAGCGAGGUGGUCGGGACGGGGAAGGAUGGACGCAUUCUGAAGGAGGACAUCCUGAACUUCUUGGCUAAGCAGACAGGAGCCAUCCUCCCAUAUGAUGAAGUGAAGCAGCCGGUGCCGGCAGUGACUCCGGCUGCAGAGAAGAAACCGGUUCUGAGUCCUCCACGCGCCGUCCAGAGACCCGUCUUCACCGGCAAAGACCGGACAGAGCCCCUCAACGGUUUCCAGAAGGCCAUGGUGAAGACCAUGACUGCUGCUCUGAAGAUCCCUCACUUAGGGCUCUGUGAAGAAGUGGACCUGACCCAGUUGGUGCGUCUGCGCUCAGAACUGAAAGCUCUGGCUGAAUCCCGAGGAGUCAAGCUCAGCUAUAUGCCUUUCUUUAUUAAGGCUGCGUCUCUCGGCUUGCUGCAGUUCCCCGUUCUCAAUGCUUCAGUCGAUGAAGGUUGUCAGAAUAUUACCUAUAAGGCAUCUCAUAACAUCGGCCUGGCCAUGGACACGCCGCAGGGCCUCCUGGUGCCCAGUGUGAAGGGCGUGCAGGAUCUCAGUGUGUUUGAUGUUGCAGUGGAGCUGAACCGCCUGCAGGCUCUGGGCUCAGCCGGACAGCUGGGGACGGCUGACCUGACGGGAGGAACCUUCACUCUGUCCAACAUCGGCUCGAUCGGAGGGACCUACGCCAAGCCGGUGAUUCUGCCUCCGGAGGUGGCCAUCGGAGCUCUGGGAAAGAUACAGGUGCUGCCUAGGUUUAACUCCCGUGGUGAUGUGGUCAAGGCUCAUAUCAUGAGCAUCAGCUGGUCAGCUGACCACCGGGUGAUCGACGGCGCCACAAUGUGCCGCUUCUCCAACCUGUGGCGCUCUUACCUGGAGAACCCGGCCUCCAUGGUCCUGGACCUGAAAUGAGGGCAGUUUCUGAGAACAUUUACCGGGAGCGUCCACAUCCGUCACAUCCAUCACUUCUUCUUUCACUUCCUCACUCAAUAGGGUCACUACAUUUGUGUUGCUGUUGGGACGCGGUGCCUUUAUUGCAGCUAUAGUAGAAUCUUGUUUUUUUUACAGAGAGAAAGUCCUCUCAGAUCUGUAAGAUUACGUAAGUUGCCUUAUUUGUGCAUUAAUUAAUUAAUUAAAGGUGUAGGUCUUAUAAAAAUGAAUUUCACAGAAUUUUAACCUUAAGAUAAAUAUGGUCUAUCAGCCAGAAAAAGUUCAAGUGUCUUUUUCAUCUGAAACUAUGAUAGUUUUACUCAAUCAACCUGGACCUCUGCACUGCAAACAAAAUGCAAACAUUUCCAGCUCUGGAAAAAAAAGAAAUUAAGAGAUCACUUCAGUUUCUGAAUCAGUUUCUCUGAUUUUGCUAUUCAAAUAUGUUUGAGUAAAAUUAACUUUGUUGUUUUAUUUUAUAAACUACAGACAACUUUUCUCCCAAAUGCCAAAUAAAAAUAUUGUCAUUUACAGCAUUUAUUUUCAGAAAAUGAGAAACGGCUGAAAUAACAAAAAAGAUACAGAGCUUUCAGACCUCAAAUAAUGCAAAGAAAACAAGUUCAUAUUCAUAAUGUUUUAAUAAAAUAACCCUGGUUUUUAAUCACCGUUUUCAUGCAUCUUGGCAUCAUGUUCUCCUCCACCAGUCUUACACACUGCUUUUGGAUAACUUUAUGC